CCCUCCCGCAUCAGGCAUCACACAUCCCAUCCCACCGCCGCCCGCCACCACCACCACGCGCCCCACACCCGGAUGCAAUUAUUCGCACCCGGAGCCGGACGCCACCGCCACCGCCACCGCCUCUGCCUCCACUGCCGCCGCCUGCGCCAUGGGCGACUCCUCGGUGGCCGGCGCGCUCGUGCCGUCCGUGCCCAAGCCGGAGCCCGCGCGGUCCGGUGACACCUCCGUGGCGGCCGCGGCGACCACGGCGGCGCUGGCGCUGGCGCUGCCGGAGGAGGCGGGGACGCGCGCGGCGUCGGCGUCGCCGCAGGGGCCGCCGGCGGAGGACGAGGGCCCCGCCGAUAGGGACCUCCUCUGCCCGAUCUGCAUGGCCCUCAUCAAGGACGCCUUCCUCACCGCCUGCGGCCACAGCUUCUGCUACAUGUGCAUCGUCACGCACCUCAGCAACAAGAGCGACUGCCCCUGCUGCGGGCACUACCUCACCAAGGCCCAGCUCUACCCCAACUUUCUCCUUGACAAGGUUCUGAAGAAAAUAUCUGCCCGGCAAAUUGCAAAAACAGCAUCACCGAUCGAUCAAUUUCGAUGCGCACUGCAACAGGGAAAUGAAAUGGGGGUUAAAGAGUUAGAUAGCCUUAUGACUUUGAUUGCUGAGAAGAAGCGGCAAAUGGAACAACAAGAAUCAGAGACGAAUAUGCAAAUAUUAUUAGUCUUCUUGCACUGCCUUAGAAAGCAAAAGCUGGAAGAGUUGAAUGAGAUUCAAACUGAUCUACAGUACAUCAAAGAGGAUAUAAGUGCUGUGGAAAGACAUAGGAAAGAAUUAUAUCGCACAAAAGAAAGGUACUCCAUGAAGCUGCGCAUGCUUUUAGAUGAGCCUACUGCACAAAAAAUGUGGCCCUCUCCUAUAGACAAAGCUAGCUGUCGCUUUCCUCCCAACUCUCGGACACCACUUAGCGCAUCAUGUCCAGGAACUUUACAGAAUAAGAAGCUUGAUUUGAAAGCUCAAGUAAGCCAUCAAGGAUUUCAAAGGAGAGAUGCUCUAACUUCUUCUGACCCUCCUAACCCCCCUAUACAAUCGGGUAAUGUCAUUGCUAGGAAGAGGCGAGUUCAAGCACAGUUCAAUGAACUUCAAGAAUACUACCUGCAAAGACGGCGCACCGGAGCACAGGCACGCAGGCAAGAAGAAAGAGAUAUCGUUGCAAUGAAUAGAGAAGGCUAUCAUGCAGGUCUUCAGGAUUUCCAGUCUGUGCUAACAACGUUCACUCGGUACAGUCGUCUACGUGUCAUUGCGGAACUAAGACAUGGAGACUUGUUUCACUCUGCCAAUAUUGUAUCCAGUAUUGAAUUUGAUCGUGAUGAUGAACUAUUUGCUACUGCUGGAGUCUCAAAACGUAUUAAAGUCUUUGAAUUUUCUACUGUUGUUAAUGAACCAUCAGAUGUGCAUUGCCCGGUUGUUGAAAUGGCUACCAGAUCUAAACUUAGCUGCCUAAGCUGGAACAAGUACUCAAAAAAUGUUAUUGCAAGCAGUGACUAUGAGGGUAUAGUAACUGUGUGGGAUGUCCAGACCCGUCAGAGUGUGAUGGAAUAUGAAGAACAUGAGAAGAGGGCAUGGAGUGUUGAUUUUUCUCGUACAGACCCUUCAAUGCUAGUAUCUGGUAGCGACGAUUGCAAGGUGAAAGUGUGGUGCACAAAACAAGAAGCAAGCGUGAUCAAUAUCGAUAUGAAAGCAAAUAUUUGCUCGGUUAAAUAUAAUCCUGGAUCAAACUUCUACGUUGCAGUUGGAUCUGCUGAUCACCAUAUUCAUUACUUUGACUUACGUAAUCCAAGUGCGCCUGUCCAUAUUUUUGGUGGCCACAAGAAAGCAGUAUCGUAUGUGAAAUUCUUAUCUAACAAUGAGCUUGCAUCUGCAUCAACAGAUAGCACAUUACGCUUAUGGGAUGUCAAGGAUAAUUGUCCGGUACGGACGUUCAGAGGGCACAAAAAUGAAAAGAACUUCGUUGGGUUGUCUGUGAACAAUGAGUAUAUUGCUUGUGGAAGUGAAACAAAUGAGGUUUUUGUUUAUCACAAGGCUAUCUCAAAACCGGCAGCAAGCCAUAGAUUUGUAUCCUCUGACCUGGAUGAUGCCGAUGAUGAUCCUGGUUCUUAUUUCAUUAGUGCUGUCUGCUGGAAGAGUGAUAGCCCUACCAUGUUAACCGCUAACAGUCAGGGAACCAUAAAAGUUCUUGUACUUGCUCCUUGAUGUUAUGGAAGGCGUUCAAGAGAUUUACAGCCAGCUUGUAUGUCUUAAUGUCCAGUUGUUUCCUUUCAUGCCAUUAUAUUUCCCCAAAAGUGGGAACGGAGGCAUUGCUGAUCUCCGGUUAGGGCAUGAAGUUUUGCAGAUGGUCAGCUGACGUAGGGUUUUGAGGUAUCAGAAUGUGCAUAAUCAUGUUAAUGUCGUAUAGGUGUAAAGCAGCCAAGUUAUCGGUUACAAGUGUAACACGAGAAAUACACAUUAAUAAAACUCCAGCCCGUUUGUACAGAGGUUGUGUUUGAACCCAGAAACUUAUGUGGUUAUGCCGGUUGAUAAUACAUCUACCUGAUAUGAAUGAUCAAACUGAUGCCACAAUAAGCAUUUGUUUCUUU